AUGGACAGCCAGAAAAAUAUUGUCAGCGUCGAAGAGUACCAGGCUGCUCGGUCUCGUCUUCUUCAGCAGGAGAAAGCGGCAACCCGCCUACUACAGGAGCUCGCCGUGUCACGCCAUCAGUUGCCCAUGAGCCUGUUGGACCUAUUUGAUGGGCGCAAACAGUUAAUCCUCUACCAUUUUAUGCUGGGACCCCAUGAGACUCAGGGCUGCGUGGGUUGCUCAUUCUGCAUGGACCAUAUCCCCGAUCUCCGCCAUCUCUGGAGCAGGGAUAGUUCAUUCGUCGCCGUGGCUACCGCACCCUUGUCUGAAGUCACCGCCUACAGGAAUCGGAUGGGCUGGAAGUUUCCUUUUUAUAGUUCUGCGAAAACGCACAAAGCGUGGGCUGAAGUCGAGGGACAGGGAGAAAUUAUCACCUGGAAGCCCGGGAACGGCUGCUUCGGACUAUGUUCGUUCUUCCGGGAAGGUGACGAGGUAUUUCACACCUAUGAUACCUUGUCUCGUGGCUUGGAGAUCAUCCUGUCCACGUAUCACCUGCUGGAUAUGACCCUGAUGGGUCGGCAGGAGGUGGGGAAUGGAAUGAACAACUUCCGUCGCCACGAUGAAUACUAA